AGUAGCUGAUAUAUGCAGUUCAAGAAUGCUACUGCAACUAAUUAAACUAUUUACUGCCAACUAUAAUCUGCUCCUAAAGCUAAAAAAUGUUUAUUAUUAUCAAAAUGACACAUCCAGGGCUUUCAACAAGCUCUUUAAAUUAAAUACUGUUCAAAUACUUAAUACUUUUAAUAAGUUUUUCAUAUGGAAUGCUGUUAAGUAGUGCUAUCAAUGAACUUUACAUCAUGAUCUUUACAAUGUAAAAUACAUAUAACAAAUCAUCCAUAAAACUUGGUCUAUUAAUCAUUAUUACCUGGUUAUAAAGCAUUAUUUUGAACUAUUCAUUUACCUGCGACUGUUUAAAUUAAUUUUACUGCUUGAGGAAAAGCAUCUCCCACUGUACAAUAAGCAAGCUAUAAGCGCAACUAAGCAGAGAGCUCCAAAACUGCUCGUUAGUCAUCAUCAACAAGAAAAGCGUAACGUAAUUUAAAGAUGGAUAUAGUGAAAUAUUCUAUAUUAUAUAUAAAUAUAUAGUUGAUAUAAAUAUAUAGUUGAAGUAGGUAACCGAUAACGUAACCAACGCUCACCGCAAAUGUGCACUUAUUUGUUGAAAAAUUCUUUGCUGAGAUAUAAAUCAUUAUAUUAUAUUAUUGCAUCAUAUUAAAACAUACUUUCUUACUUAUACCGAAGACGACUUUAAUUAACCCUAUUUGUGUAAAGAAAAACAAACAAAAAAUUGUUUUUGAUUUGCCCCUACUUGGAUUAAAUUUACAAGCCUGUGUAUCCAUAAUCUUACAAAUGUAAAGUGAAUUACCAUCAUAGUAAUGGAAACAAUAUAGAAAGUGCUUUAAAAAGGUUAUUUCCAUACAGAACUAAUUCACAUAUUAUCUUCUUUUUUACGGAACAAAAUAUUGAUGUGGAUGAUAAAAUAUCUUCUCCUGACAGUAAAUAAAAUUCACACUGUGCAUUCAUAUAUCUUUUUUUUUUAAAUUUUGUUUUCUGUACAAUUUAUUUAAUCAAUGAACUAAUCAUUAAGUGUGUGAAAUUUCUUUCUGGCAAAAGGAAACAUUAUUAUUAAAGGCAAUCUUAUUUGCAGUAACAUUCUAUGCUGUAAUACUAACAGUAAAUACUCUGUGCAAUGUGUGUUGCAGUUGCAAUGAUGUUCUGACAGAAAAAUAUUUACACAUGUGGAAAUUUAAUGUUUGUAGUUUGUGUGUUUAUAAGUUUCCAAGUGUAGUUCAUAAUUAUACUUUUUUAUUGUAAAAAAUUUGAUUUCUGUUCUAAAAAGUGUACAAAACGAAGGAGUUUCAUUUAAUUGUUUUGAGUUCAUAAUAUGGAAGUAAUUUAUUCAAGCAUUGUGAUAAAUUAAUCAAGAAAAAAAAAAUAAUUUGGUUCAAGUAAACGAACUUUUCAAGCAGUACAUUAUCAAACAGUUACAAAUAGGUUAAAAUGACUGAUAACUGUUGCGGAUAAUUAAGCUGUUUGUCACUUUCAUAAAACACAUAUGAUUUGAUAUUUACAUGCAGGAAAUUUAAAUUGUGAUUUUCCUGUUCACACUGAGAAAAUAUUUUCUCUAACCUGUUAUGGCAAUUUAAUACUCGAAAAUAGAAUUAAACUUUUUUUUCACCUUCUCAUAUAUAUUGUAAUGAAUAAGAGCUUGCAUUUCUUGUGUAUGAAAAAACAUUGAUAUAAAAAUUAGCAAUUAAAGUUUUUUUUAAAUAUUUUAAUAGAUUAUGUUAAACCUUUUAAGUCUGUGAAAGUGAAAAAAAAAAAUUUCUUUUUGCUUUUCUUAUUUUAUAAUGAACUAUAUUUCUGCAGUGUCUGUGUGAAUAAAUUACUAGUUGUUUUGUGAACACAUUUUUUAAUGCUGAAAAGUCAGUGACCAUUAUUUACCCCGAAAAAAGAGUGACCCAGAACUCCCCCGUGUGACCCUAAUGAAAUAAAUUAUUUUCGUGUAUAUAUUGAUAAUUUUAUGUUCAAAAUAGUAGAUAUUAUUAUUUUUUGUUCCUGUUAAUUUUUCUAAUAUCUCUUACUAAUAACACAUAACAUUCAUUUUACACUAUGCUUAAAACUGCAUUCAUUCAUAGUGUAUUGAAUCUAAUACAUGAAGUUGUACAUUGUUUCUGCAGUUUUUUGUGAUAAAAAGACAUUAAGUGAAAUAAUUUAGUUUUGUAUCUUGGUAUGUUCAGCAAGAGAGAAAUAUUAAAGUAGUUUGGGAAAAAAAAAAUAUUUACGUCUCAAUAUAAUUUAAAUUAAUGUUUUCAUAGAUGCAUUUAAUAAUAAAUCAUAUGCCUGCUGUAAGGUGAUCACAUUUCUACGGUAUUAUAUUUUACCUAAUAAAAAAUUUAGUCAAAGUAAGUGACUUGAUACAGCUUGCUCUUUUUUGUAUCAUAUGUUAGUAAAGGCCUAAUUUAAUUCAGAAUAAGUAUCCUGUUACUAAAUCUUAUUCUUGUAGUAUAUAAAAUAAGGGUUUUUCACAAAAAAGUAAUCUAACAAAACAUAAUCAUAUUCAUACUGGUGAGAAGGUAUUUUCUUGUAGUAUAUGUAAUAAGAGUUUUUCUCAAAGUGAGCUUCUGAAUAAUCACAGUUGUAUUUGGGGAGAAACCUUCUUGUAGUAUAUGUAAUAAGAGUUUUUCAAAAAAAAGUAAUAUGAUUAAACACAGUCUUGCUCAUACUGGUGAGAAGCCUUAUUCUUGUAGUAUAUGUGAUAAAAAAUUUUCACUAAAAAGAUAUCUCACUACACACGGUCGUGUUCAUACUGGUGAGAAGCCUUAUUCUUGUAGUAUAUGUAAUGAAAAAUUUUCACGAAAAAGACUUCUCGCUUUACACUACCGUAUUCAUACUGAGGAAAAGCCUUAUUAUUGUAGUAUAUGUAAUAAGAGUUUUUCAACGAGAGGGACUCUGAAUCAACACCAUCGUGUUCAUACUGGGAAGAAACCUUAUUCUUGUAGUAUAUGUAGUAGAAGUUUUUCAUUAAAAGGUAGUCUGAUAGUACACAGUCGUGUUCAUACUGGUGAGAAGUCUUAUUCUUGUAGUAUAUGUAAUAAAAAAAUUUCAAGGAGAGGGACUCUGAAUCAACAUCGUCGUGUUCAUACUGAGGAGAAGCCUUAUUCUUGUAGUAUAUGUAAUAAAAAAUUUUCACAAAAGAGAAAUCUGAAAGUACACAGCCGUGUUCAUACUGGUGAGAAGCCUUAUUCUUGUGGUAAAUGUAAUAAGAGUUUUUCACGAAAGGGUGUUCUGACAGAACACGGUCGUGUUCAUACUGGUGAGAAGCUUUAUUCUUGUAAUGUAUGUAAUAAGAGUUUUUCACUAAAAAGUAAUCUGAAAGUACACAGCCGUGUUCAUACUGGUGAGAAGCCUUAUUCUUGUAGUAUAUGUAAUAAGAGUUUUUCACAAAAGGGUAGUCUGACAGAACAUGGUCGUGUUCAUACUGGUGAGAAGCCUUAUUAUUGUAGUAUAUGUAAUAAGAGUUUUUCAACGAGAGGGACUCUGAAUCAUCACCAUCGUGUUCAUACUGGGGAGAAACCUUAUUCUUGUAGUAUAUGUAGUAGAAGUUUUUCAUUAAAAGGUAGUCUGAUAGUACACAGUCGUGUUCAUACUGGUGAGAAGUCUUAUUCUUGUAGUAUAUGUAAUAAAAAAUUUUCAAGGAGAGGGACUCUGAAUCAACAUCGUCGUGUUCAUACUGAGGAGAAGCCUUAUUCUUGUAGUAUAUGUAAUAAAAAAUUUUCAAGGAGAGAGACUCUGAAUCAACAUCGUCGUGUUCAUACUGAGGAGAAGCCUUAUUCUUGUAGUAUAUGUAAUAAAAAAUUUUUACAAAAAAGAAAUCUGAAAGUACACAGCCGUGUUCAUACUGGUGAGAAGCCUUCUUGUAGUAUAUGUAAUAAGAGUUUUUCACAAAAAGGUAGUCUGACAAGACACAGUCAUGUUCAUACUGCUGAGAAGCCUUAUUCUUGUAGUAAAUGUAAUAAGAGUUUUUCACGAAAGGGUAGUCUGACAGAACACGGUCGUGUUCAUACUGGUGAGAAGCUUUAUUCUUGUAAUGUAUGUAAUAAGAGUUUUUCACUAAAAAGUAAUCUGACAGUACACAGCCGUGUUCAUACUGGUGAGAAGCCUUAUUCUUGUAGUAUAUGUAAUAAGAGUUUUUCACAAAAGGGUAGUCUGACAGAACACGGUAAUGUUCAUACUGGUGAGAAGCCUUAUUCUUGUAGUAUAUGUCAAAAAAGUUUUUCACAUAAAGGUAGACUGACAGAACACUAUCGUGUUCAUACUGGUGAGAAGCCUUAUUCUUGUAGUAUAUGUGAUAAAAAAUUUUCACUAAAAAGAUAUCUCACUGCACACGGUCGUGUUCAUACUGGUGAGAAGCCUUAUUCUUGUAAUAUAUGUAAUAAACGUUUUUCACUAAAAGGUAGUCUAAAUAUACAUGGACGUGUUCAUACUGGUGAGAAGCCUUAUUCUUGUAGUAUAUGUAAUAAAAAAUUUUCACUAAAAAGACUUCUCACUUUACACUACCGUAUUCAUACCGAGGAAAAGCCUUAUUAUUGUAGUAUAUGUAAUAAGAGUUUUUCAACGAGAGGGACUCUGAAUCAACACCAUCGUGUUCAUACUGGGGAGAAACCUUAUUCUUGUAGUAUAUGUAGUAGAAGUUUUUCAUUAAAAGGUAGUCUGAUAGUACACAGUCGUGUUCAUACUGGUGAGAAGUCUUAUUCUUCUAGUAUAUGUAAUAAAAAUUUUUCAAGGAGAGGGACUCUGAAUCAACAUCGUCGUGUUCAUACUGAGGAGAAGCCUUAUUCUUGUAGUAUAUGUAAUAAAAAAUUUUCACAAAAAAGAAAUCUGAAAGUACACUGCCGUGUUCAUACUGGUGAGAAGCCUUCUUGUAGUAUAUGUAAUAAGAGUUUUUCAGAAAAAGGUAGUCUGACAAAACACAGUCGUGUUCAUACUGGUGAGAAGCCUUAUUCUUGUAGUAUAUGUCAAAAGAGUUUUUCACAUAAAGGUACAUUGACAGAACACUAUCGUGUUCAUACUGGUGAGAAGCCUUAUUCUUGUAGUAUAUGUAAUAAAAAAUUUUCACAAAAAAGAAAUCUGAAAGUACACAGCCGUGUUCAUACUGGCGAGAAGCCUUCUUGUAGUAUAUGUAAUAAGAGUUUUUCAGAAAAAGGUAGUCUGACAAAACACAGUCGUGUUCAUACUGGUGAGAAGCCUUAUUCUUGUAGUAUAUGUCAAAAGAGUUUUUCAUAUAAAGGUACACUGACAGAACACUAUCGUGUUCAUACUGGUGAGAAGCCUUAUUCUUGUAAUGUAUGUAAUAAGAGUUUUUCACUAAAAAGUAAGCUGAAAGUACACAGCCGUGUUCAUACUGGUGAGAAGCCUUAUUCUUGUAGUAUAUGUAAUAAGAGUUUUUCACAAAAGGGUAGUCUGACAGAACACGGUCGUGUUCAUACUGGUGAGAAGCCUUAUUCUUGUAGUAUAUGUCAAAAGAGUUUUUCACAUAAAGGUACACUGACAGAACACUAUCGUGUUCAUACUGGUGAGAAGCCUUAUUCUUGUAGUACAUGUAAUAAGAGUUUUUCAAUAAAAAGCCAUCUCAAUUCACACGGUUGUGUUCAUACUGGUGAGAAGCCUUAUUCUUGUAAUACAUGUAAUAAGAGUUUUUCACUAAAAAGCCAUCUCACUACACACGGUCGUGUUCAUACUGGUGAAAAGCCUUAUUCUUGUAGUAUAUGUAAUAAGAGUUUUUCACAAAAAGCUGGUCUGACAAAACACGGUCGUGCUCAUACUGGUGAGAAACCUUAUUCUUGUAGUAUAUGUAAUAAAAGUUUUUCACGAAAGUGUAGUCUGACAGAGCACAGUCGUGUUCAUACUGGUGAGAAGCCUUAUUCUUGUAGUACGUGUAAUAAGAGUUUUUCACAUAAAGGUAGUCUGACAGAACACAAUCGUGCUCAUACUGGUGAGAAGCCUUAUUCUUGUAGUACGUGUAAUAAGAGUUUUUCAGAAAGAGGGACUCUGAAUAGACAUUACCGUGUUCAUUCUGGUUAGAAACCUUAUUCUUGUAAUAUAUGUAAUAAGUGUUUUUCACUAAAAGGUAGUCUGAAAAUACACAAUCGUGUUCAUACCUUAUUCUUGAAAAGCCUUAUUCUUGUAGUAUGUGUAAUUAAAAAAUUUCACGAAAAAGUAAUCUCACUACGCACGGUAGUGUUCAUACUGGUGAGAAACCUAGCUUUUUCAAGAAAGAAUUAUCUAACUAUUCACAGUCUUGGUAAUUCUAUUUGAAAGCCAUAUUCAUGUUAAAAGUCUUCUUUUUUUUUCGCUUGAGAUCCAUCUAAUUUAUUGAAGUUUUAUUCAUACUUGUGAAAAACCUCAUUCUUUUAAUAUGUUUUUUAAAAAAAAGAGUUAUUUUUUUCAAAAGCUGACUUUAUUGUUUGUGUUUUUACUGGUGAGAAACCUUUAUGUUGUAGUUUAAUGGAAUAAGAGUUUUUCUCACAUAUGUAAUCUGACUAAAUACAGUAUUGUUUAUACUAUUGACACCAUAUUUUUGAAGUAUGUAAUAAAAUAAUUUUUUGAAUAA